GCUCUCUGUCGAUCGAACCCCACCCCGUCUUACCGAAUACAGCCUCCGUCUGGAAUCCAGAUCUCUUGCCCUGCGCUCGCAGGUCCGCGCCCAUCGCCAUGGCCACCCUAACCCCUCUCAACAUCAAGUCCGCCGCGCGCAAACUCCCCAUCAAGCGCAAGAAUCCCUCACAGCCCCAAGCUCAACCUGCAUCCAACUCCCAUUCUGUUUCCAUCUCGACCCCCAAUCCUAACCCUAACGCCAACCCUAAUCCCAUCCCGCUUUCUUCUUAUCCCCCCACUCUCCCUUCCUCUCGCAACAACACAUACGAAGACGACGAUCCCGACGCCGAGUAUGACGACGAGGAGCCCGAGGACGAGGGCGGUGACUCAAAGCAGCCGCCUUUCAAGUUUCACCGGAUCUGGCCAGAAUCUGACGAGAUCCGCUUCUUGCAGGGUCUUCUCGGCUGCUGGUCUCAGGGCUUGGUCUUCCCCAGGGAUCUCAACAUCUUUUACGACCGUUUUUCUGAGUCUAUGUCGCAGCCCUACACCCGCUCACAGCUAUCCGAGAAGCUGAGACGCCUGAGGAAGAAGUACAGGACUAUGGCCGGCCGCAUCGUGCGUGGGCAGGAUCCGUCCCGACUCUCCCAGCACGAUCGAGAUCUGUUACAUCUUUCUACCCGUCUUUGGGAUCCUUCCAAUGCUUCCACGUCCCCAUUCUCAGCACCCGACGCCGUCGCAGCGGGAAGCGCCGGCAAUAAGCGCCGCCGGCCUAACCCUAGGGCCCCAGCUAGCAGGACCAGAAACUCUUCUUCACCUCCUCAGGUUAUUGUUGCUUUGGAGAGCGCUCCUUUCCUACCUUCAAAUCCGCCCCUAGCCCUUCCUUCUUCUUCAUCUCCUAUUAAAGACAACAGAGAAUGCGUGGAUACUCCUGCUCCCAUUGGGCACAAGGGAUCCAUAGAUGGUACUGAUUUUGCUGCAUCUCCAGAGGAAAUCGCCAAGGAGGAGCUGCCUGCUCAUCCAGGAACUACCUCUGUUGAGGCGAAGCAGACGGGAGCCAAGCAUCUUGCCAUCAAGUCGGUAUUGGAUGUGCUCGAUGGGGCCUUAAAUGAGGUGCGUUCUACGCUUUCUGUCCAAAGGAUUAUUUCAUCUGAUGGUACUUUGGAACAAGGGUCAGAGAUGAAAACCCUGUUGAAAAGAUGGCAAGAACAUCGGCUUGCAGAGCUGGAUUUGUUAGCCCAGAGGUGGAGGUUGACUAUUGAACAAAAAGCAAAGUAGAUCUGAUAUUGUUAAAUUUAGGUCCUUUGCUCCUGAGUUUAACUAAACCUGCAUCUGAUUUUGGCUUUUUAUUCAUAUACCUCUACUUCCUGUUAUGUAUAUUUUUUACUGUGUUUUUAGUACCAGAUCUACUGACUCUUAUAUGAACUCUCGUGAUAGUUUGAAUUCUGCAGUAAAUUAUGUUGUUGUGCAUCAAUCC